AUGCACGCUUCGGGCGACUCUUUGAGCGGAUUGAACUUGGAGGGUCUUAGGGUUCAACUAGCCUCUUUCGCGGCGGAAAGAGGCUGGGAAAAGUUCCACACUCCAAGGAACUUGCUCCUAGCGCUGGUUGGAGAGGUCGGAGAGCUUUCUGAGCUAUUUCAGUGGAGAGGUGACGAGGAUGCGCGACCGGGUCUUCCGGACUGGGACGACGUCGCGAAGACCCGGGUCGGCGAUGAGCUUGCUGAUGUGCUGCUUUAUCUCAUCCGAUUGGCUGACGCGUGCGAAAUCGACCUGUCCCAAGCAGUAGCCGCUAAGCUUCAGAAGAAUGCCACAAAGUAUCCAGUCCAGAAAUGCUUCGGUAGCUCCGCGAAAUAUACAACAUUUCAAUAA